UGACUCAUGUGCAUGUUGGUUUUGCAACUCUCUAUGGCCUAAUCUAGCUUACCUGCUGCUAAUUAUUUUUAAUCUCUACUGUUGAAUUUGAAUCGGGAAUUAAAAUUUCUCUCCUUAGUUGUAUGUAUUAACGUUAUUAGAAUAGAUUAGACAAAUCAGGACAUAAUAUAUUUGACAUGUUCUGAUCCUUGUUUAUAGAAGGAUUAACAAUGUAGAAAUGUUUUUCCCUUACAGUUUAAGUUUGACCAAAAAAGUCAACUAGUAUCCAAUUUAGGUAUUUAUUGGAGAAAAUGGUGAGCAAGGGUAGCUUGGAUGGAGAUAUUGGUUCAACAACUAAUCAUCAACCAGUUCAUCAAGGUCCUGAAACUGUCCAAGAAAUGCCUGACAUGAACCAAGAUUCCAAGAAGAACAAGGUGAAGGAUCAAAGCAAUAAAACAGUACCCUUUUACAAGCUUUUCUCAUUUGCAGACUCUUGGGAUUAUCUGCUGAUGUUUGUUGGGACUAUAAGUGCUGUUGGGAAUGGAGUCUCUAUGCCUUUAAUUGCUAUAAUAAUUGGAGAUGCUAUUGAUGCUUUUGGAAGAAAUGUUAACACUAAACAAGUAGUUCAUGAAGUUUCAAAGGUGUCUCUCAAGUUUGCAUUCUCGGGUGCAGCCGCCUUUUUUGCAGCAUUUCUGCAGGUGGCUUGUUGGAUGAUCACAGGGGAGAGACAAGCUGCAAGAAUAAGGGCCUUAUACCUGAAAGCAAUUUUAAGGCAAGAUAUCAGUUUCUUUGACAAGGAAACAAACAGUGGUGAAGUUGUUGGAAGAAUGUCAGGUGAUACAGUUCUGAUUCAAGAAGCCAUGGGAGAGAAGGUAGGAAAAUUCAUACAGUAUGUGUCAUCUUUUUUAGGAGGCUUAGUUGUGGCAUUCAUCAAGGGUUGGCUUCUAACGCUUGUCCUUCUAUCUUCUCUUCCACUUCUUGUCCUCUCUGGUUCCAUAAUGAGCUUUGUUUUUGCAAAGAUGGCGUCCCGUGGACAAGCAGCUUAUUCCGAAGCAGCAACUAUUGUAGAUCGGACAGUUGGGUCAAUUCGAACGGUUGCAUCAUUUACAGGCGAGAAGCAAGCUAUAGCUCAAUACAAUCAAUCCUUAACUAAAGCUUACAAAAUCGGAGUGCAAGAAGGAUUGGCUAUUGGUUUAGGCCUUGGUACAAUUCGCUUAUUUGUUUACUGCACUUAUGCUUUGGCUGUAUGGUUUGGAGGGAAGAUGGUAUUGGAGAAAGGUUACUCAGGAGGUGACGUCAUGGGUGUAUUUAAUGCAAUACUAACAGGUUCCUUGUAUCUAGGACAGACUUCUCCGAUCUUAACUGCAUUUUCUGCUGGACAAGCGGCUGCCUUUAAAAUGUUUGAAACAAUAAAGAGGCAGCCAAAUAUUGAUGCUUAUGACACUGCUGGUAUGCAGCUAGAUGAUAUUUAUGGAGAUAUAGAAUUUAGGGAGGUUUGCUUUAGUUAUCCUUCAAGACCAAAUGAAAUGAUUUUCAAUGCAUUUUCUAUUUCAAUAUCAAGUGGCACUAGCACAGCUUUGGUAGGGCAAAGCGGGAGUGGCAAAUCGACGGUUAUUAGUUUGAUAGAGAGAUUUUAUGAUCCACAGGGUGGUGAAGUUCUCAUUGACAAUAUCAACCUCAGAGAAUUUCAACUGAAAUGGAUCAGACAGAAAAUAGGCUUAGUCAGCCAGGAACCGGUUCUCUUUACUUGUAGCAUUAAGGAGAAUAUUGCCUAUGGUAAGGAUGGAGCAACAUAUGAAGAAAUUAGAGCUGCAGCUGAACUUGCUAAUGCUUCUAACUUCAUUGAUAAAUUUCCCAAUGGACUUGAAACAAUGGUUGGAGAGCAUGGAGCUCAGCUUUCUGGUGGUCAAAAGCAAAGAAUUGCUAUAGCAAGAGCAAUUCUGAAAGAUCCAAGAAUUCUACUCCUUGAUGAAGCAACAAGUGCUCUUGAUGCCGAGUCUGAAAGAGUGGUACAAGAGACACUAGACAGAAUCAUGAUAAACCGAACAACCAUCACAGUAGCUCACCGCUUAAGCACAAUAAGGAAUGCUGAUGUCAUUGCUGUUAUUCACCAAGGAAAAGUAGUAGAAAAAGGUACACAUGCUGAGCUCACUAAAGAUCCUGAUGGAGCUUAUAGUCAGCUCAUUCGGUUUCAAGAAAUUAAAAGGGAUUCAUCAGAACAGUAUGAUGCUAAUGCCUCAGAUAAACUACAGAACUUUGUAGUUUCUAGAAGAGAGUCAAGCUGGGGUUCAUCUGGGAUUGAAAACAGCAAUCACCAGUCAUUCAGAGUAUCAAAUCAUAUGUCUACUAGUACCACACUUGGUCUCUUUGAAACAUCAGAAGAAGGGUCUGAAGUUGUUCCUUCUGCAGCAUCACAUAAAAGUAAAACUCCAGAUAUCUCAUUUCGCCGCCUUGCUUAUCUUAACAAGCAAGAAAUCCCAGUGUUACUCAUAGGGACUCUAGCAGCCGCGGUAAUUGGGGCAAUGCUGCCAAUUUAUGGACUUCUAAUCUCCAAGAUGAUAAUUACAUUCUUUGAGCCUGCAGACAAACUCCGUAAAGACUCAAAGUUUUGGGCAUUAAUAUAUGUUGCCCUUAGUGUGGCUUCAUUCGCUCUUCAUCCAUUGAGGUCCUACUUUUUCGCUGUAGCUGGUUCUAAGUUGAUAAAAAAGAUCCGGUUAAUGUGCUUUGAGAAAAUAAUUCACAUGGAAGUAGGCUGGUUUGAUAAAGCUGAGCAUUCAAGUGGUGCACUAGGUGCAAGGCUGUCAACUGAUGCUGCUUCAAUUCGAACUUUGGUUGGUGAUGCACUUGGUUUGCUGGUUCAAGAUAUUGCUACAGUUGUUACUGCCUUGGUAAUUGCCUUUGUGGCAAAUUGGCAGCUUUCGCUCAUUGUUCUUAUUUUGUUACCUCUACUAUUAGUAAAUGGACAUUUGCAAAUCAAGUCCAUGCAAGGAUUCAGCACAGAUGCAAAGAAACUAUAUGAAGAAGCAAGUCAAAUAGCAAAUGAUGCAGUAGGUAAUAUCAGAACAGUUUCCGCUUUCUGUGCCGAAGAGAAGGUGAUGGAGCUAUACCAGAAGAAAUGUGCAGUACCAGUCCAGACAGGAAAAAGGCAUGGUUUAGUCAGUGGAGCUGGUUUUGGCUUAUCAAUCUUCUUUCUGUUUUGUGUCUAUGCAUGCAGUUUUUAUGCCGGAGCACAACUUAUUGAGAAUGGCCAAACAACAAUAACAGAAUUUUUUCAAGUAUUUUUCUCUCUCACAUUGGCAUCAGUGGCCAUAUCUCAAUCUGGCUUAAUGACUGCAGGAGCUAGUAAAGCAAAAACUUCUGCUGCUUCUAUAUUUGCUAUUCUUGAUCAGAAAUCAAAAAUAGACUCCAGUUAUGAAUCAGGAAUGACAUUGGAAGAUGUGAAGGGAGAGAUUGAAUUCCGACAUGUUACUUUCAAGUAUCCAUCUAGACCAGAUGUUCAUAUAUUCAAAGAUCUUUCCUUAACCAUACAUUCAGGACAGACAGUUGCUCUAGUUGGUGAAAGUGGAAGUGGAAAAUCAACAGUGAUCUCAUUAUUGCAAAGAUUUUAUGAUCCAGAUUCAGGACAAAUUAGGCUGGAUGGAACAGAAAUCCAAAAGCUACAGAUUAGAUGGUUUAGGCAGCAGAUGGGGCUGGUAAGCCAGGAGCCCGUGCUGUUCAAUGAUACCAUCCAAGCCAAUAUUGCAUAUGGAAAAGGUGGCAAUGCAACAAUGGCUGAAAUUAUAGCUGCAGCAGAACUAGCAAAUGCUCAUAAGUUCAUUAGCAGCUUGCAGCAGGGGUAUGAUACAAUAGUAGGGGAGAGAGGGAUACAACUAUCUGGAGGGCAGAAGCAGCGUGUGGCAAUUGCAAGAGCCAUAGUGAGCAGUCCAAGAAUAUUACUACUAGAUGAAGCCACAAGUGCACUUGACGCUGAGUCUGAAAAAGUGGUUCAGGAUGCACUUGAUAGAGUGAGGGUUGACAGAACCACCAUUGUGGUGGCUCAUAGAUUGUCUACCAUAAAGGAUGCAAAUUCAAUCGCAGUGAUUAAAAAUGGAGUGGUUGAAGAGAAAGGAAAGCACGACACCUUGCUCAACAAGGGUGGUACCUAUGCUUCUUUAGUAGCACUGCACACAAGUAGCAUUGCUUCAACUUAAGACUCAUACUUAUGAAGGAUUAUGAGACUUUUUUUCUUCAAUAUGGGUAACUAUAACUAAUUUGAGGUUUAAGCAUGGAUCCAGAAGCUGCGAGAAGGGCCAGAGAAUCUUUGGACUUGGCAUUUCACAUGUCUAAUAUUCUCAACACGGGGUUAGAUCGUCACUCUCUUUCUAUCCUAAUUGCAUUAUGUGAUCUUGGGGUUAAUCCUGAAGCACUUGCUGCUGUUGUCAACGAGCUUAGAAAGGAGAAGCCCCCAUCACAAUGAGAAUGAUAUCUCUUUUUCACUUUAAAUUCAUUUUUACAUGUUCUCAUUCUUAGGAUUUGUAAUUGUAAACUUUCUUGAAAUGCCUUAGUCUAGGGGGCUUAUUGUCUCUGCAUAUGUUACUUUGUAUAGAAAGUACGUUUUAUCAACCUGUGACUGUGAGUUCUCUAUGAAUCCUAACAAGAGUAGGUCCUGUCAGUUAAUUUUUCAAAUGUAUUUGUUGCAGUAACUUGGUGUCAUCUAAAAUCUCUAAAUAUUCAAAAUGCAAUUUUCUGGAAAA